CAACAAGUACGCGACGGCAACGCGCUUCCAUCUGCAGAAGUGCUAUAUAUACAUAAAUAAAUUUACAUAUUAUACACAUAUCUAACAAAAUGUCAACACCUGUCGGCCCGGAGCCCAGCAAUGUGGUCUGCCCCAACUGCCAUCAACAGGUGACCACGCGCACCGAGCCAAAGGCCAGCACAAAGACGCACUUGAUAGCGCUAAUCAUGUGCCUCACCUGCUGCUGGCCCUGCGCCUGCUGCUUGUACUGCACGGAUUGUGCGCGCAACAUGGAUCACUUCUGCCCCUCGUGCAGCGCCUAUGUCGGCACCUACGAGCGCUGAAAAGUCCCAACAGCCUUUUAACAGCUUGAAGUACACCUGAUAUUUGCAGCUAGAUGCACAGCUAGUUAACUUCAAACAAAGCACAGCCCAGUUGCAUUUCCUCUUUUUACAUACAGUCGAGCUACGCUUUAACGAAUGUUGUUAUUGAGCACAGUUUUUAAUAAACAUAAUAUUUUUAAUAUUUAAUGUACUUUAAAAAUAAACGCUUUGAGCUUAUAUUGGGUCAACAAAAAAGUUUACAGCAAAGCGAAGAAAAGAUAUUGUGAAAGCAAAAGGCAUACAGUAAAACCUGAAAGAUAAAACUUUUUUUUUUAGAUACGUUUUAGGAAUUAAAGCAACAAAUCUUAAAUAAAGCGAACAAAUAUUAAGAUGAUACACAUAAAAUGCAAGAAACAAUCAGAAUAUUAUUGUCUAUGAAGACUUGUAUUAUAGCGAAGUACGACUGUAACUUAGUGCAUUUAACAUUUACUCGUAUGCAAUUAUUUUGAUGUUAGACAACAAAUUUGUAAUGUUUAUGUCAAUUGUUUCUCGAAAUGUCAGACAUUA